CUUUCUUAAAGCGGUCGACGACAUAUUUUUUGUUAUUCGGACCUAGCCUUGUGGAGAGAGACCGGGACUCCGUUCAUCAGUUCUUAAAGCAGAAAUAAAGUACUGGUCUACAACGGUUAGAAGAAUGGGUGUAGACCUUCAAACAUACCGUGGGAGGAUUGGCUCCUUCAAUUCUGCUGGAAUACAUAAUGCUAGUGUCAAAGGAAGCAGUGUUCUGGGUGACAUUUUCCUGAUGUCACUGAUGACGGGCUCAUUAUCGUUCAUAGGACUGCUUCUUUUCAUGGCAGGAAUAGAAAUAAACCCAGGGCCUCUGACAGGAAAGUGGCCAGACAGUAUUAUCAGUCAGCGGGACAUUGUUGCCAUCGCUGCCUGUAUAGGAGAAGGUCUUCUUACACUUGGGUUGGCUCUUGGAUUUUCUAAAGCACAAAUUGAACAAAUUAAGAUGGAUAAUAGAACGUCUAUAGAACAAGUUGCAUCUCUUCUUUACAAAUGGCGUGAGAAGGAGAGAAAUAAAGCAUCAUUCGAAAAGCUGUUUACUCUCCUUCAAGAUGUUCCGGGGUUAACUGUCAACUGGGAAAAACUCGAGGAAACCUAUUCAUUAGUUGGACAUCACCCUUUUUUCAACGAGGAACUGAAAAAACUUCUUUUGCAACUUGAUUUGACAAACAAAUUUCCCGAAAAGAUAUCUGUGGUAGAAGCUCUUGCAGUAGACAUACAUAAUAAACAGGAAUCAAGCAACGAGGAAAAUCUUAAAAAGGCGCCUUGGAUUUUGUUAAAAAGUCUGUUAUCAGCUGUUUAUUACGCAAGGGAUACUGUGCCAAACCAACUUACAAAAUUGGAAGACACGGGAACACUAGUUGUAGAUUUGGAACACUUUUAUGAUGCUGCACCACAAACAACAGAGGAAGGAGGAUCAAUAAGCAGGCUUGACAUUCUUUGGACAUUAUUUCAUUGCUGUGACCCUUUCGUAAAACAAAUUAUUGUUAGAAAACUAUAUAUUUGCAACUUGGCCGUGCCCUUUCUAUCCAAAGAUUACAGAUCAAAUUUAGUUAAGGCCUUCAUCUGGCCUCUGCGUCAUUUAAGUUUGUCUUUUGAUGAAUCAUCAACGUUUAGUGAGCAUGCUUUUGACAUUUCAACUCAUGUGGUCGCGUUUGGACGUCUUGGUAGACCCACGUUGUCCAAAUCAUGUAUAUUAAAUGAAAUUCUCUCCGACGAAAAAACAAAAACAAAAUUUCCUGUAUUCUAUGAUUACUCAUGCGAGUCACAACAUGAAACGAGGUCUGUGAGUAAAGGAACUGUUGAUUUAUUUUGGUUGCACCCACGUCCAGAAAACUAUAUGGAGAUCAUGACAACUCUUUUUAACAUGAGAGGUAAUUUAGCAGAAGAUUUUAAUGCAUCUUUUUUAAAUCUUACUAAGAACUUAGCUGAUAUAUUAGUUGUAUUUACUGACAUUGAUGACCUUAAAAGAAGCAUUAAGUCUUAUGAACAUAUUCUAAAACGAUUUCAAUUUGUGGUCGUGGUAAUGUCAGGGCUAGUUUUCAGAGACCGAGAUACUUUACAGGUGUUAAAAUACAUAAAUGAAAUUUCAAAAGAAUCAAGCUCUGAUAUUAAAUUUAUUCAGACUAAUAAAGGUCAUGAUGUAAGUAAAACUGGGGAAAUUGUAGAAAAUAUAUUAAUGGUACUAAAAGAGCACUUGAGAGGAAAAAAAGGCGACUCUUUACACGAACGAUUUGAUAGAAAGACGAGCCAAGAUCUUUUAGUUGAAACAAUUUUCCAAGCAGAAUCUAACAAUGCCGAACGGGCUGCAGAUAAUGUACUUCAAGAAAUCAUUCAGGAAACAACGGCGUGGAAGUAUGACAAAAACAUUUCAAUAAAAGAUGACCUUGACCACUGCAGACAUUCAAUAACGCCCUGCUCAUCCAUUUACUCUAGUGAACUAAGUAAGUUAAUUAGAGCGCUUGAGGUAUCACAAUCAUCAGAUGAGUCGGAAAAAAUUCAAGAUCAAAUAUUGGGUGUCCGCAUAAAGCAAACACAAAAUAUAACAGAGAGUGUUGCUUCUUUUGUACAAAAUCUGUGUGAGUGCAAAACAAAUGUUGAAAGACAUUUUUAUAUCAACUGGUUAAAACAUGGAAUGGAAAAAAAAAUGAGAAAACGUAUGCCCCAUUUACAAUUGAUGAAGGAAAACGAAGAGAAAGUCUUAAAACAGCUGCGCUUAAACAAUGCAACAGAACACGAAAUAAAACAACAAGAACUGACUAUAACUGACAUUGAGAAACAAAUUGAAAAUCUUACUUUUGGUGUAGAAUUUCUUUUCAGAGAAACGGCCCACAUAUGCGAUUCAUUUAUAUAUUUAACGGAAGAUACAGAACAGAUAAACCUACCUUCACUGGAAAAAAUAACGAACACAUACGCUGAUUUGGUCAUUCAGGGACAAGUUCAUCUAGAGCUAAUUGACAGCGAUAAUUUUUAUAUGCCAACCCUUUGGAUUAGAAAUGUUCUUGCUUCGAUCAAUGCUAAACUAAUCAAUUCGAAGCUGAUUACAGUGUCUGUUUUGGGAUUACAAAGCUCGGGCAAAUCAACUUUGUUGAAUACCAUGUUUGGUGUACAUUUUUCCGUCAGUUCAGGUCGAUGUACAAGAGGAAUUUAUGCACAGUUGUUGCCAAUGAGGUGUAAGUUUACAGGAAUCUCUCCCUUUAAUUAUUUAAUGGUUGUUGAUUCGGAAGGUCUAAGGUCAUCAGACCUUUUAACUGUAUUAUACAGUUACAACCGUGAUAACGAAAUGGCUACUUUUGUUACUGGAUUAGGAAAUAUUUCAAUCAUGAAUAUCAUGGGAGAGCAUAUUUCCGAUCUGAAAGACAUUUUACAGAUAGUUAUUAAUGCUCUGCUACGCCUGUAUGAAGCAAAUAAUGCUCUUCCAAAAGAUCAAAGAUGCUUUCUUGUGCACCACAAUGUGUCAGAACACGCAGCUAAGAAAAAAAUGUCAGCAGGGAUUAAAAGGUUCGUGGAAUGUUUAGACGUUGUAACUGAAGAGGCUGCAAUCCAAGAAGGUUCUUUAUCAAAACGUUUCACUGAUGUCAUUCAAUUUGAUCACGAUUCAAGCGUACAAUAUAUACCCUGCCUUUGGCAAGGGGUUUAUCACUUAAAGCAUGUUAACACUGAGUAUAGCUCCGCUAUUAUCAAGUUAAAACAUUGUCUUAUGAACUCGGCAAUGAAUAUUGACUCAGGCAAAUCAUUUACUGAUUUUGGAAUACAAGCAGUUGAUUUAUGGAAAGGAGUUAUUUCAGAAAAUUUUGUGUUUUCCUUCCGGAACAGGUUGGAAAUUAAAGCAUACUGCACGAUAUUUGAACAAAUAAACAGAGCGCUGUGGCGUGAGGAGAUGUCUGUUAGAAAAAAAGUACUGACUUGUUCUCAAGGCAGCCUUUCACAAUGUAAAUUAGAAACAAAUGUAGAAGACGAAAGGAAUAAACUGAGAUAUGAAACUUCCAAUGCGAUUGAACAAUUUACAGAGUCAGCAUUAACCAUGUGCGAAAAAAUUUUUGGUGAGAGUGAAUAUAAAGAUAUAGCAUUUAAAUGGAAAUGCGACAUUCAUUUGUAUAUUAAAAAGAGAUCUGAUGAAAUACAUAGUAGUUUAGUUAAAGAACUUAACAACAGUUGUGAAAUCAAAAAAUUUGAACUUUCCACUUUAAAGCUAAUGAAGGACAAACGAACCUUGCUGAAAUCAGAGGCCACUAAGCUUGCAAAAACAUUACGCAAAAAGGGGAAUGGAAUUGAUCGAAAAACCAUUGAUAGUUCAUUUAAUAAGAUAUGGAAAAGGUAUAAAAAUGAAAAUGUUUGCGACAAAAUUGACUUUCACGAAUUAACAAAGCUACAUGUGCUUGAAAAAUUCAAAAAUGAUAUUAAAAUUCUCCAGAAAGUGAUCAAGCAUACAACAGAACCAACUACAUUAAGAAAUAGUUUUGCCUCAAGUCCUUUUUGUCGCACCGAUAUAAACACUGACGAACCAAAUGAAGCUAAACAGAUAAUACUUUAUAUUUGCGCUCUCACAGACAGAGUUCAUUUAUGGGACAAGAACCACUAACAGCUAUUGGAUUGAAAAGGGCUGGUGCAUUUUCACCAGCCAAUAUUUAUUGUAUGAUUAUUAUAUAAUUGAGAUUAUGAGUGAAAUUAUAAGUACAAGUCCCAUAAAGUUGGGCGUACAAAAAAGUCCUUUCUGAAUGUACAAUAUUAACUCACAAAUACAAAGUUGAACAGGCAGAAAGGAGGUGGGGUGGGUUGGAGGAAAAAUAUUCGACAGCGAAGCUGCUUGUUGAUCAUCUGCGUGGGCUUGGAAAUUGCAAUGACGUACUGCGCAACUUCCGCCACGCUUCAAGUGUAAACAGGUUAUGUUACACUAAUUGAAAUAAGAACAUCCAGACACCACGCUGACCAGCUCC